AUGUCCCACGCUGCACAUCCCACCCAAAAUACCACUGCCCCUUGGAAGGAACUCUUCCAAUCGCACAUUGAUAAAGCUGGUGGUGCGAGUGCCGAGUUUGUUCUUGGUACUGUAACCACCGCUGGUCUCCCGAGUCUCCGCUACUGUAUCCAUCGCGGAUUUUGGGCCACCCUUCCCGAAAAUGAGCAUAACAAACUCCCCAAGAACCCUCCCAUCUACGAGUCGGACUGUCCAACCUUCACUACUGAUGCUCGUAUGAGCAAGGUAUAUGACAUAUUUGCUACCGGCAAGGGAAAAGGGACCUUGGAGCAAUCCCGCUCAGGCACUGGUGGCGGCGGUCCCGUAGAGGCUGUAUACUGGGUCAAGGACACUAAAACCCAAUGGCGAAUUCGAGGGAAAUGCUGGUUCAUUGCCGCCGAUGACAUUGAAGGGGGAGAUGAGGCUCAAAACUCCGGUACGGUGACAGUCAAAGCAGAGUUGGGACGAUACAUGCGUCUGAAGGACCAAUCCGACCACUCACCCCAGGAAAAGGAGUGGUCAUGGAAACGUGAGGUUGAGAACAAUUUCGAAAAUUUAUCCCCGCAGAUGCGUGGCUCUUUCAAGAACCCUCCUCCUGGCCAGCCAUUAUCCGAAGGAAAGGAUGAAAAGGCCGGCGAAGGACUGGGCCAGAAAGCAGGGCACUUGUCCGACGAGCCACUGGCGCGCAAGAACUUUCGCGUGGCAGUCAUCACUCCCGAGCAGGUGGAAGUGGUGGACCUGACCGACCCUGAAAAUAGCACAAGGCAAAUCUGGACGCUCUCUGGCGAGAAGGGGGGUCCAGAUGGACCUCAACCGAGUGAAAGUCUCGGCGAGUGGAAUAAGAUAGACACAUGGCCGUAG